GAGUUAAUUGCCAAGCUCUUGCACACCGAUACCAUUACUCUCUCAGAAGCGUGCCUUCUCUUCUUAGUGCCGAGUAUGAACGUUCCGACGUCUUUUAGUUCCAGUUUAGUUCUUUCAGUUGGUGUUUCCCUUCGUCGUCUAUUUUCAAAUAAGUACCUACAACCAUGCAGGAAAUACAGGAUAUUGAGUGCACGGGACUCAUCCAUCUUUUUAUAACUCUCCGUGCUGCCCACAAUGAAUGAAUUGCCUGGAGUGUAGCGCACCUCUUGACCUCUUAGGGCCUCGUCAUGGCAUUCAAUAUACAUCAAGUAUUUCUUGCUGGGGCUAUCAUAUUGGCAACGAUGCCUACAUCACAAUUACUGGCUCAAACGGAGACUAAGAUGUGUGUCAAAAGAGGUAAUCAACGGGGUUGGGUAUCACGAGUUAUUUCGGAGCACAUUUGGGACUUCAGAGUGAUUUCGGACGCAAAUCCCACCUGCACAAAGCAUUAUGAAGUAUAUCGCCAGCAUCUGGAUAAUUUUGCAACGUGGUCUAUUCAAAUGUUGGAUGCAUCGGAGUUGGUGCCGAGUGGGAUUUUGGCCGGGGACACGCACAAGCUAGGAAACUUCGAGGAAUGCCUUAAAACACGAGUUCCACCAGAACUAGGGUUCUCAGCUCAAUAUUGUCUACCGGUUUUCAAUUACAUUCCUUCUAAUUUUAGCACUGGAGCAUUUGCCUCUCAAGAUGAAUGGGCAAAGCCCGUAUGGAGCCGAAUCAUGAUCAACGAUCGGACCAAAGCGCCAAGAGAUCGUUUCAGUCUAGCAUUUUGCAUUCCUAGUUCAUGUUCCCACGUGGACUUACAAACUUCUCUUCAGAGCUUUUUCAACGACCCGAUGAGGCAGAAAUCUUAUGAUUUUAAAGUAAACGUGCACAGUCUUCAAUGCACGACUUCAGACAGUCCUGCCCAGUCUACUGGUGGCUUAAUAUUCAAAUACCUCAUGAUCACGAUGAUUUUGCUGGUACUCUUUUGCACUUUCGCAGAUUUACUUUUGGCCACUUUUCAAAAGAAAAAUGGGGGUUUGAAAAUUUCUUCAGCCAACGUCACAGGGGCUAGAAGAUGGAUUUCACCGUUCUCUAUUCUCCGAAACCUUCCCCAAUUAUUUGCAACGACCUCCUCUCCGGAUGAUUACAAGAUGUUGCAUGGAAUAAAGGCUGCACUCAUGCUGUUUGUCGUGAUUGCUCACAUUUCUUCGAUACGAAUGCUCGGAAAAGCAGCCAUUGUCAAUUGGGACUAUGUUGAAGACCUACUUGCACGGCCAAGUCCUCUCUUCUCAGCAGCAUCACUGUUGCCAGACUUUUUCUAUUGUAUAUCCGGAUUUUUAAUGUGUCUUUCGAUGAUGAAGAGACUUAACGCGGGAAAGUUCAAUUUCUGGACGCAUAUCAUAAACAAACUGUUCAGAGUCUUUCCACCGUACUUUUUUUUCCUAGCGGCCACCAUUUUCAUUCUUCCCUCAUUGGGCACCGGACCUUUCUGGAAAUCUUUCAUUGAACCGGAGGUGGAAUUCUGCCGGAAAAACUGGUUGCUCAAUAUCAUGUUUGUCAACAAUUAUGUUCUUCCUGGCGAAUGGUGUUUCCCUCAUACGUACUUCAUAGCAGCUGAUAUGCAUUUUUUCAUGGUGGGCACAGUCAUUGUAUACCUUUGUUGGCGGUGGAAUUCAUAUAAAGGCGUCGUUUUGGGGCUUGGAGCCUUUCUCAGUUUCUUCAUGCCUUUUCUGACCGUUUAUCUCAAUGAUUAUGACGGCGUUUUGAAUUUCGACUACAAAUCGAUGACAACGAUCCGACAGCAUCAAUAUUUCUUGAUGGUUUACAUGAGGAGUCAUACCAGAUGCGGUGGUUACAUGAUUGGUAUCAUUGCCGGAUUUUCAUUGCUAACUUUACAAAAAAGAGGCUAUUGCUUUUCGAAAGUAAUUUCAUGGGUAGGAAUUUCAAUGGCAAUAUUCAUUCUUUUCUCCGUUGCUGCUAUCAAAUGGUGCCUUACCCUCUCAGCUUACGACGUCAUUGUGCGAGCUUUGUACGCUGGUUUGAACUCUCAACUCAUAGGGAUUGCUCUCAUGAUUUUCACUGUUAUUCAGAUAACCAAUGGCUUUGGUAACUUGGAUUCACUAAUGCUGACCUUUCAAAAUAUUUGCUCAGCACUUAGUCGACUCUCAUACUGGUUAUAUCUUCUAAAUGUACCCAUCAUAUAUUCUAUUGUUGCUGCUAUGAAGACACCGAUUCAUAUGACUUACGAAGGAACAGUGUUUGGAGGUCAACAUCUGGGUGACUUAUUUCCAGUAUACAUUACAGCAAUGAUUUGUUAUUUAGUUGUUGAAGCACCGAUCAGUCAUGGCAGACCAAUAAUUUUAAAAUACAUUUUAAGUACUGAUUCUAGAAUCAUGAGAAAAAUUCAGUAG